UUUGUUUGUUUUAGGUUUAGUUAAAAAUUGAGUUCUUUCAAGGUGUACGAUUUCAAGUCAUAUUUAAAAGCUCCAGACAACCUUCUAAAUAUAAAGUAAAAUAUUUUUUGGGCGCAUUCACCGGUCGUUCUGUUGAACAGAAACAGAACAUACUUCUCGUUCGCGUCUGGCAUGUGUUUGGUGGUGUGAUAUCAUUUUUGAGAUAAAGAUUUUUACAUAAUAGUUAUUAUAGAACAAAGAUGACAAACGUAUUGAGUGGGAAAAAUGCUUGACAAUAAAAUCAAUAUUUUGAACCGAGUCCCUCAAAACCACCGCCAAUUGGUUCUACCAAUAGCCCUAGGGGUCGGCGUCAUCAUCACAAGUGUAUUAAUUUAUCACUUCUACAAAACAUCAAAACCAUCAAAAUCAAAAGGCAAAAAGAAGAUUUUACUUGAGGACCCUCAAGCGAAAUAUUCGCUUCCUUUGAUUGAAAAGGAAGAAAUCAGUCAUGAUACCCGCAGAUUUAGGUUUGGGUUGCCCACAAAAGAGCACGUUUUGGGGCUUCCCAUUGGUCAACAUAUUCAUUUGUCUGCAAAAAUCGGUGAUGACUUAAUAAUCCGGUCAUACACCCCCGUAUCUUCAGACGAUGACCAUGGAUUUGUUGACUUAGUGGUCAAGGUGUACUUCAAAAAAGUCCACCCCCGAUUUCCCGAUGGGGGCAAAAUGACGCAACACCUCGAAAGUUUGAAAAUCGGUGAUACCAUCGAAGUUAGAGGACCAUCUGGACGGUUACAGUACCAAGGACAUGGGACCUUUUCCAUUAAAAAACUACGCAAAGACCCACCACAAAUCGUUACAGUUAACAAAGUUUCUAUGAUUGCGGGUGGUACUGGCAUUACACCCAUGCUACAACUUAUCAGACACAUCACAAAAGACCCAAGUGAUAAGACAAAACUAAAACUGAUUUUUGCAAAUCAGACUGAGAAAGACAUUUUGGUUCGAAAGGAACUGGAGGAAGUGGCGAAGGAGCAUCCAGAUCAGUUUGAACUGUGGUACACUCUCGAUACACCUCCAGAAAAUUGGAAAUACAGUUCAGGCUUUAUCAAUGAAAAUAUGAUCAAGGACCAUCUCUUCCCCCCAAGCAAUGAUAACAUUGUACUCAUGUGUGGACCCCCACCUAUGAUUAAUUACGCCUGUAAUCCCAGUUUGGAGAAGUUGAAAUAUGAUAAAGAUCUGUGCUUCGCUUAUUAAGUCAAAUCCAAUGGAACUGGAUAUUGUUUUUACGAUUAGUUGUUUUAGGUUUUUAUGACUGUUAUCCCUGGUUGUUGUUAAUUCCAGUAUGAUGUAAUAAUACACUGUUGACUUUUGUGAACAAUAAACUUAUAUUCCAA